GAUGUAUCCUUUCUCAUUCGAUGACCAGCAGAGGCGGGAGAGACAGAGGAUAGCAGAAACGCAUAUACAUAAAUGAUUUAGCGAAGUCAAAUAGCAGAACAAGACAACUUUGAAAUUGAAAAAAUCGUCACCCAACAUCAAAAAUGCCUAUACCUCAUGGCUUAGAAUCACCAGCGGCCGACGCUGAUCUUGACGCAGCGCGGUCGUCGAACGACGUGGAUGGGACGAGGAAAACUACCCUCGAGAACUCUUUGUCCCGGUCCGCUGCCUGCUACGCAGGGCAUUGGGACGAGCAGUACCUCAGCGCGGCGCACAAGAGGACCGACUUCGAGUGGCACUUGACGUGCGACAAAGUUCUCGAGGUAGUGCAGAAGUACUACUGUUAUGUGGAUGUUGCACCGACUCAGGAGACGGGUGGAACCGCCACAGAAAUACAGGGAAGAAGUUCAAUUGUCACGACGGUUCAUAGUGCAAGACCAGAAGACUCGGCGCCGCCCACCCGUCCUCCCACCCACUGCGUCAUCGACGUGGGAUGCGGGAGCAGCACGCUCGGCUUGGAACUGGCACGAAGAGUCCCCUUGGCGAGCGGCUUCGCGGAGGUUCAUUUAGUCGACGUCUCACCGGUCAUAUACGACACGAUAAAAGCGAAACUUGAGGAAGAGACGGCGGGGAACGAACGGGAAAAUUUGCGACAGACAGUUGUGCGGGAACGAAGCGCCAUGUCCCUCGACGAUUCAGACGAAAUAAAGGCAGUGACAUCUUCACGAAAAUAUGAUAAAACUGUGUACUACCUGCCGCCGAGGAUCAAGGAACAACAUCAAGCUGGAUCUGACAAUUGGGUAGUCGUCGAGCCGCAUCUGGGCGACGCGAGGGUGAUGCGUGAUGCCUUCCUGAACUCGUCGAAAAGAACUUCGAAUGGCGAUAAUUUUCCUGCUAUAAUGACGACCGUCCUCGACAAGGGCACCUUAGACGCGCUGGACAACGACGGUGACCGAGAGCAGAUGCUCGAUCAGUGCCUAUCUCUGCUUCACCCAGGAUCGCAAGCGGUUUUCGUGUCUGUCAGUUUUGCCGCGGCUCAGCGGGUGCAGUUCCUGGACCGGCUCUUCGGGGUGGAAGUAGAGACAAGUAGGACGGAAAUAAGUCCGAUGUCGAAUAAGAGCCAUUCCCAUUUGAGGUCUACUGUUUCAAAAGCCAAAGGAAAUACGAAAUACGGCGACUCCCACUUCUGCCACACCUACGUUUCGGCCGCUCGAGGAGAGCGGGACUUGCGUUUCGUGACGGUCAUCGGCCGGAGAGACGGCUCCGCUGCGAAGGUCGAAUACGACCCAGAUGCUGCGACAGGGGAGCUCUUGCACCGAAUUCGAGAAACUGGAAGCAUUUUGGAAGAUGAUCCAGCGGAAGAUGGUGCAGAGGACUUCUGCAUCUCGUUUGGGAAUUAAAGUUGACUUGUUAGCGACAUGAGUUGAGAUGACCAGAUUAAUGCCAUAGGACAUUUUGUACCUCAUCAAGCGGCUAUCGAACCUCUGAAAUAAAACGACAUAUAUCUAGUUCCAUUUUUCGAUAACUCGAGUGAUUGCAAAUCGCUGGACCUGGU